UUGUGUGGUAGAUGAGAUGGACUUCUCAGGGAUGGAUCUGGAUGAUGCCCUCAGGAAGUUCCAGGCCCAGAUUAAAGUCCAGGGGGAGGCCCAGAAGGUGGAGAGACUGAUCGAGGCAUUCAGUCAACGGUACUGUGUGAGUAACCCGGUGCUGAUCCGACAGUUCCAGAACCCCGACACGAUCUUCAUCCUGGCCUUCGCCAUCAUCCUCCUCAACACAGACAUGUACUCUCCCAACGUCAAACCAGAGAGGAAGAUGAAGCUGGAGGACUUCAUCAAAAACCUCAGAGGAGUGGAUAACGGUCAGGACAUUCCCAGAGACCUGUUAGUAGGGAUCUACCAUCGGAUAGAGAAGRGGGAGCUARGCACCAACGAUGACCACGUCUCUCAAGUACAGGCUGUGGAGAAGGUUUUGGUUGGCAAGAAGCCU